AUGUCGGACUUGCAAUUGAGGAUUUUAAAGGCGGUGGACCAAUAUGAUGGAAUAGAAAAUACGUUGCAUACCAAGGAUUUUGGUGGUAUCGAUGCAAACACUUUACAUUCUAGCUUGACGUCUCUCUGGGCCAAGAAUAUGGUCGAUUUUAAAAAGAUUGAAACCGAUAAAUGGAUUUUAAGUAAAGAAGCGGAAGGCUUUUUGUCGGAUGGCUCCCCUGAGGUUAGAGUUGUAGAAGAAGUUUUGAACUCGUUGAGCGCAUUGACGAUCAAUGAUUUGAAAACAAAAUUGGGCCCUGCCGGUGCAGUCGGACAAGGUAAAGCAUUCAAAAAUCAGUGGUUAGGUAAAGAAGGCGAUAAGCUUGUCGCAAAGGUCUCAAAAGUUCCAGAAGAUGUAGUUGUUAAGGAAUUGAAAACUAUCAAAGAAACCGGUACUUUACCAGAUAAGAAAGCAUUAUCUGAAUUGAAGAAAAGAAAAUUAAUUUCUUUAACAAAGAUAGUUGGAUAUAAAGUUGAUAAAGGGGAGAAAUUUGCCUUAGAGAUCAAGAGUUACGAAGCAGACAUCACAUCUGAAAUGGUAUCUACAGGAUCGUGGAAAGAUGUUGAAUUCAAGCCAUAUAAUUUCAAUUCUGAAGGUAUAUACCCAAAUGCUGGCGCCUUGCACCCUCUUAAUAAGAUAAGAGAAGAAUUCAGACAGAUUUUUUUCUCUAUGGGAUUCACAGAAAUGCCUUCCAAUAAAUAUGUUGAAACUGGAUUCUGGAAUUUCGAUGCCUUGUUUGUCCCACAACAGCACCCAGCGCGUGACUUACAGGAUACUUUUUAUAUAAAAGAUCCCGCAAGAGGGAAGAUGCAAGAAGAUAAUGAAUAUCUUGAGAAUAUAAAGAGCGUUCAUCAGGGCGGUAAAUUUGGCUCAAUUGGUUAUAGGUAUCCAUGGAAAGAAGAGGAGUCUUUAAAGAUGGUUUUACGAACUCACACAACUGCUAUUUCCGCCAACAUGUUGAAAGAAUUGGCCAAAAAUCCAAAACCUUCCAGGUUAUUUUCAAUUGAUAAAGUUUUCCGUAACGAGGCAGUUGAUGCGACGCAUUUAGCCGAGUUCAGCCAGGUUGAAGGUGUGUUAGCUGGUUAUGAUAUCACUCUUGGUGACUUAAUUGGCUUCAUGGACGAUUUUUUCUCAAAGAUGGGUGUUCACAACUUGAGAUUUAAAGCAGCUUAUAAUCCAUAUACGGAACCAUCUAUGGAAAUCUUUGCCUACCACAAUGAGUUGAAAAAGUGGGUGGAAAUUGGUAAUUCUGGUAUGUUUAGACCAGAAAUGUUGGAACCCAUGGGUUUGCCGAAAGAUUUGAGAGUUUUGGGCUGGGGGUUGUCAUUAGAAAGACCAACUAUGAUCAAAUAUGGUGUUUCAAACAUCAGAAAGCUAGUUGGUCAUAAAGUCUCAUUGGACUUUAUUGAAACCAACCCUGCCGCUAGAUUGGACGAGGACUUAGUUUAG